AAAACCACGGAAGUAGGCGGGGUUAGAGGUCUGUCGUUCAAUAACACGGAAAUAGCAACACAAUAUAAGCCAAUAGAGAGAACUAAUCACUAAGACGACUCCAAAAGUGGCAAAAAACAAGCAUUAAUUCUUACCCUGUGUGCCAAGCUCUUUAAUGGAGGGUUAUUCAGUGCACAAAGUCAUCGGUGAAGGUUCUUUUGGGAGGGCUUUGUUAGCCGAGUGUAAGAACACCCAGGAGAGGUAUGUCGUCAAGGAAAUACAGCUGCCGAAGAAGGAGGCCAAAGCGGAGAGGUGCCGGAGAGAAGCGGUGUUGUUGUCGGCAAUGAAACACGCUCAUAUUGUGACUUUCCAUGAGGCGUUUGAAGCUGAUCACCUCUUGUGUAUUGUGAUGGAAUACUGCGGCGGGGGAGACAUUCUGCAGAAGAUCCAGCAGCAGAAAAGAAAACACUUCGGUGUUGAUUACAUCCUGAGAUGGUUUGCUGAGAUGUGUGCAGGCGCCAGCCAUAUUCACGAAAAGCGGGUCUUGCACCGAGAUCUCAAAUCCAAGAACAUUUUCCUGACGGACGAAGGCACCAUCAAGCUGGGAGACUUUGGCUCAGCGUGUGUUCUCAGCAGCGCCGAGGCCUACGCUUGCACGUACGUGGGGACCCCUUAUUACGUGGCCCCCGAGAUCUGGGAAAACAAGCCUUACAACAAUAAGAGCGACGUGUGGUCUCUAGGUUGUGUCCUCUAUGAGCUGUGCACCCUGCGACACCCGUUCCAGGCUCCCAGCUGGAAGAGUCUGAUACUGAAAGUGUGUCGGGGGUCCUACCCUCCCCCACCCAGGCACCUCCCCCCUGAGCUGCAGCUGUUGCUCAGGGACGUCUUCAAGACGGACCCCAAAGAGCGUCCGUCCCUGCGCACCAUCCUCACCACUCACCGGGUCUCCAGGCUCCUGCGGGCACACCUGUCCCCCCAGGUCUUAGAGGCGGCGCAACGAGGGUGGCGCUCUGCUGGGAGACGGCAGGGUGACCAGGGGAAGAAAGUCCCUCACCAUCUGGGAGGAGAGCGUUUGAUUGACACCCUGGAAGGGGAAAACAAAGCACCUCCUCCUCGAAGGCGUUGGGCCGCCGAGCCCUCAGAGACUGUGAUCCAGGUGUUGGCCAACGCCAGCCUCCUGUCUUCCGAUGGCGAUGACCAUCAAGAGGAGAGAAGGCGACGCAAACAAUGGCAGCGAGAUCCUCCAGAGAGGCUGCUGAGUUUGUUGGAGAAAGCAGAGUUGAAGCGAGCCUUCAGCACUUUUGUGGUCCACAGAGAAGGUGACAGUCCUCUGAUUGGUCCGCUCUCGCAGCCUCAGGGCGACGACACGGACGGCCCCGAGCAGGAAGUCGACGCCGACGACGAGCGCCUACAGCCGCGCUCCGACGACGAGGACACAGACUUUGAGGAGGACUCUCCCAGCGACUGGGUGGCCGCGCUGGAGGGAAUGUUGCAAGCGUGAUGCUAGGAUGCCGCCACUUCCUGUCCAAGUUUGUCUUGGCAACAUAACAUAAGUGGAACACCCGGGUCACACGACCAACACCCAGGUCACAUGACCAACACCCGAGUGGAGAGUGCUUGUUUGUGCAGGUGAAGAUUCCCAGCAGAAAACAAAAAUAAUUAUGGUGGACAAAUGUUCAAUUCUGUAGUUUUUGGUGCUUUUUUGGGGACAUAAAGUACAGGAAGUGAAGGAAAUGAGUCCCUCCCAUUGCAGUUGACUCUCUUCUGGGAACGUUUGUUAUUAAAGUGACCCGAUACAA